GCUACGACACUAACAUUCCUACAAUCGAGCGAAUGGAGUGAGAGUGAUGUCUUUGUCGAAACUAAAAUAUUUAAAAAAACAAGCACAGGGUUAAAUUGCAGUGUUGGCCAUGGGCCAGUGUAGUAUCACCUCUUCAAAGACCGUGUUGGUAUUUCUGAACCUCAUAUUUUGGGCCGCCGCUGGCAUCCUCUGCUACGCGGGCGCGUACGUGUUCAUCACGUACGAUGACUAUGAGCAUUUUUUCGAAGACAUCUACACGCUGGUCCCGGCAGUCGUCAUCAUCGCGGCAGGAGCGCUCCUCUUCAUCAUCGGCCUCAUCGGUUGCUGCGCCACCGUGAGAGAGAGCCACUGUGGACUCAUGUCGUUUGUCAUCAUCCUGCUGCUGGUUUUCAUGACUGAAGUAGCUGUUGUUGUUCUUGGAUAUAUUUACAGAGCAAAGGUUGAAGAUGACGUGAACGGUUCCAUCCACCAAGUAUACAACGAGUACAACGGCACUAACAGCAACGCACAGAGCCGCGCCAUCGACUACGUUCAGAGACAGCUCCAGUGCUGCGGCAUCCGCAAUUACUCCGACUGGCAGUACACUCGCUGGUAUGAAGCAUCCAAGAACAACAGCGUGCCCGUCAGCUGUUGUAACGGAAAAGUUGGGGGACUCUGCACAGGGUCCCUCACUCGACCUGAAGAACUUUACCAAGAAGGAUGUGAGGUUCUGGUUGUGAAGAAGUUAAAGGAAAUUAUGAUGUACGUCAUCUGGACCGCGUUGACUUUUGCCGGCAUCCAGGUUCUGGGGAUGUUGUCGGCGUGCGUCGUGCUGUGUCGCAGAAGAAGCGAUCCAGCCUAUCAGCUCCUCAUGACAGGAGGCACCUACGCUUAAACUUGACUUGCUCAUUGGUGAAUCCAUUCCCACACUAACACAAAGACACUAAAGCUUCAUGCUUUUUGCCUCCACAAAGCUUCAGCCCAAAUACUUGUUCAGAAGGAACGAUUGACCUUUAGAAGCAAACCAAACUGUACUCUAUGGAGGAAGGGCGAGUUCCUCUUUAAUUUGCACUAUGUGUCCAAUGGUCGUUUAAAUAUUCUACGUAGUGAUGAGAAAAACAAAGGUUGACAUUUGCAUCAUGAACCAGUGGCUGUUUUUUUCUUCUUCACUCCUCUAGGUGGCACUGUCUGUUCAACAUAGACACUGAUUUCUUAUUCAAACCAACAGCGCCAUCUAAAGGAGUAAAACAAUGCAACUGGUUUAUGAAUCAAAUUUGAAGUUUCAUUUUCCCAUGUAGAAUUGCUACACUACUGUCUCAUGUUGCUUCCAGACUGUUUUACGAUCCUCAUCUCCAUGCAUAAGUUACGUUUUUGAAUUGUGUCGUAUUUAUCCUUACGCUUUCUACUGAUUGACGAUUUGUAGCGACUGAGCUGGGAAAGGAGUGCAGUGACUUGGGUGAUGGCGUUAUACGUUUUAGAAAUUUCAGAGAAAUGAUACUGUAGGCUUUCACGAAAGGGCAGCUGGUAUUUUUACAAGAUAAUGUCAGGAUACUUUCUAUUAGGAAGGCCCUGCAAAGUUAAAACACUAUGGAUAUGGUAUUAUUUAAAGUUUUAAUGCUGUACAUGUGAGAAAUAAAAUUACAUUAUUCACAAAUAA